UCCAGGUAGGCUUUAGGUCCGCUGUACUUUUACGUUUCAAUACUUGUAAUUCAUUUGGAAGUAGUCAAUAAAUAUAGAAUAAACAGGUAAAAACAGAAUGCCUCGGCAGGGCUUCGUUGACGACGUGUGUCAGUACAACUAUACCAAAGAGCGCCUUUGGGAGCGCAGCUACCUUUUGGUAAAAUGUGCGGAACUGCACCUGGAGGAGGAGUACCGCUUGUACCAGGCACGACUAUGGAAUAGUUUUCUUGGGGUGUUCCUCCUUCUGCACACUCUCAUAACUAUCGCCCACUGCGCAAUGCUGCUGUUCACUUGCGAGCAUCCCCACUUAAUUUAUUUUGAUGUGGCUUUAUACAUAGCUUCGGCAUUCAUUAUUCUAACUGUCAUGAGCGUCAAUUUCUGUGAGAACCUUGCUAUGCGACACUCGUGGAUUACUUAUACAAGCGCCGUAGUGUCCGCUUUCGCAUUGGUGUCUGCUGGUGAGUUAAUUGAUAUUCAACCUUCUACUUUUACUAUAAAAAAGACAUGUUUCCAUACUGCAGAUAUCUUUCAGGGCACAUAUCAUUACUACAAGCACGAUUGGGCACUGGAUACAUUCUACGACACUUAUAUUGUCUAUAUGAUAUACAUGUUCAUGCCGAUACCCAUUAUGUCGGGUGCUCUGCUGCUAGGGGUCACAGUUUCCGUCGUGUACAUCGCCUACUUUUGGGUCUAUGUUGCCGAAGAGUACUACUCCGACGAAGACUACGGCAGGUUUAGUUUGGAUAUAUUCCACCACUUGGGUUUCAACCUUCUGGGUAUGUUCUUUCGCAUAAUGAAUGACAUUGUAGUGCGGUCGUCCUUCCUGGACCGCCAUCAGUACAUAAUGGAGAAGAUCUGGCUGCGCAAUGCGCGUCGUCAGGAAAAGUUAGUUCUGCAUAGCAUUAUCCCGCCGCAGAUAGCGAAACCCAUUCAAGACGAUAUACAAAAUAGACUUGCCAGAAAACUACGCGGACUUGCCGCGAGUCGCUCACCGGGCGUCAUGGAGCAUGUCAUGGCCAUUCAGAUCCAUCCCGAGGUCAGUAUCUUGUAUGCGGAUGUGGUCAACUAUACGAAAAUGACGACAACCCUGAACGUGGAAAAGUUGGUGAGGCUGUUGCACGACCUCUACGGAAGGUUCGAUAUGGCCGCCACCCAAUUUGAGGUUCAGCGAAUCAAGUUCUUGGGCGACUGCUACUACUGUGUGGCCGGUCUAAUGCGCCCGAGUCCAGAUCACGCCAAGAAUUGUGUGGAUCUGGGUCUGUCCAUGAUCUCACACAUUCAGGAAGUGCGGAGGGAAAACGACGUGGACAUCAAUAUGCGCAUUGGAGUCCAUUCGGGAAGUGUGAUUGCAGGAGUCAUUGGCGAAGCUAAGCUACAGUACGAUAUAUGGGGAACCGACGUGACCAUUGCCAAUCACUUAGAAUCCACCGGGUCACCGGGAUUUGUCCAUGUUAGUGCCAGCACUUUGAACGAACUAGAACCUAGUGAAUAUACGAUAAUUCCUGGCACCGACGCAGCUUUGGAGGAUCCCGUUCUAAGCAAACACAAUAUCAGCACGUUUCAAAUUUCUACUGAGCCUUCUCCACGUUUCACCAAACGAACCACACAGAGGUUCGAGUCACAAUCUCACAUGGAUAUACCUGCUAGACCCGAUUUGUACAGAACUAAAGAUCAUGUGAUAAACGAAGAGUUGCGUCACGAGUUUCGAAAGAUGCCAGUCAGUAGUUUCAAACAAAUAUUCUCCUGGAGAAGACGAAACCAGUCUAUCGACCUUCUGUCGACCGCGGUCACCAAAUUCUGCCUGGUCUAUCGGGAUUCCAACAUAGAGUGCAAGUACUUGCGCUCGCCGGACCUAAUGUUCAAGUACAGCAUGUUGCUUGCUUGGAGCAUUGGAUGUAGCCUGGCCUACAUUCAGCAGAUGUCUCUAGGCGAGGGCGUACUACUUGAGGCCAUACUGUUGGAUGUUGUUGUAUUAACUUUUCUGACCGCCUUGCUUGUCAUAUCUUGGUACAAAAAAUUUUGCUGGCUUAGAUAUGGCAAUAAGGAGAACAAUCGGCACAGAUUCGGCAAACUUAGCUGCUGGAUAUUUCGGACCAGUGAGAAGAUCCAAGCGAGUCUCAGCCUCCGCAUUUGCAUCUACCUAUUUAUCAUUUGUGCGUACAAUUCCGUGAUCUUCAUCAUGAUGAUGGAAUGUGAUCGCGAGGAGUUCGAAGUGAUGUACAUCGAUAGUAAACUUUAUCACUAUGACGAUAUAGAUAUAUGUUUUAAUCCCUGGGUUAUCACCAAUGUAGUGUCCCUUAUCAUUGGAAUGAGCUUUACGUUCACUAGUAUUCCGUUCGUCUUGAAGAUAGUUGUCUGUUUAUUGAUGACGAUUUCCUAUCUGAUCGUUAUAUUUUUCCAUUUGCAGUUCAUUUUUCAUCACAGUUGGACCACUAAUCCUUUUUUUGCCCCAGAAUAUGCACAUUGUACGCUCAUUAUUAUCACAUUUGUUACUUUGUAUUUGAAAGAGCGUCACGCGGAGUUCACAAACAAAGUCAACUUCAAUUGGCGCAUGGAUUUGAAAAGAAAGCAGCGUGAUGCCCAAAGUACUAACUACUCGAUAAUAAUUCUCCUGAAUAACAUACUUCCUGCUCAUGUUGGUACGUUUUUCGUUCAGUUUUAUGAGCAAAAUCAUCGGACAGCCCUCUCUUCCUCAGUCAACAUCUACCUUACAUCUCUCGCAAAACAUGAGCUUUACUACGAAGAGUAUAAAAUAGUUUCCGUUAUGUUUGCUACUUUAAAGAAUUUCGAAUUGAGCCUUAGAAGCUUGCGCCUACUGAACGAGAUCAUCACGGAAUUCGAUAGAUUGUUGCAUCACUACAAAGAUAAUUACGUGGUUGAGAAGAUCAAAAUUGUUGGCUGCACUUACAUGGCAGCAUGUGGAUUGGAUGUGAACUUUGCCGGUCGCAUCAGCAAAGAUUUGGAAAAUCGGGAGACCUAUCGAGACUCUCUAAUGGAAGAAGUGGAACAGGCACAGAAUGUUCGUAGAGCCUCUUCAAAAAUAGCAGAAGAAUAUCCCAAGGAAGUUCUUCACGAAGAGGUCGUCUUUGUGAUGACCACGUUUGCCCUGGACCUAAUGCGAACCCUUUGGAUGCUCAACAAAGUCUAUGAAACGGUGUCCUAUGACAAGUCCGUCAUCAGCCCAGACAUGUCCAUCGGAAUCUCCAGUGGUGAGGUGAUGGCUGGAAUCGUUGGCGCCUCUCACCCACAUUAUGACAUCUGGGGACACCCCGUUAAUAUGGCGUCCCGUAUGGACUCCACAGGAAUGAUAGGACAUAUCCAAGUGACCAAGGAAACCGCUAUCCUAUUGGGUGAAUUUGGCAUUAUGUGCAACUUUCGCGGCCAGACCUAUGUUAAAGGCAGUGGAAAUAUUCCCACAUACUUUGUUGCCAUUGAUGAUGAUUACGAGUUUAUCACGACAGGGGAAAAGCGAAUACCAAAGCGUCAAUAUCGAGAAAGAGAUGUAUCGAUGUCUGACAACGAAUCGAUUUAUAAUCCUUUUUGGCAUGAUGACGAUGAUGAAAUCGAUGAUAAUUAAAUAUUAAAUAUGAAUUAUUUUAAUAUCUAUUAUUUCGUUACCAUUAAAAGACGCAUUUAGAGCCAUUGAUUCGUAAAA